AGAGAAUCCCUAUGGACAUUUCUAUUGGUAUCAUCCAUAUUGGAAAACUUCAAAACUUUAUUAAAUACUGCCCAAUUUUACGAUUAAGAUUUAAAUAAUCUCUUCUUUUCUACUAAUAAAUAUGCAAAGAACUGAAUUGAUUUAUUAAAUAAUAAAUACCUUAAUUAAUUAAUCAAACCCGUGGGCGGGAACUGAAACUCACGAACCGGAUCGUCAUUCCCAACCGUCCGAUUUGCUCCCACGAAAUCCAUGGGAUGGUUGACACGUGGCGUUUAUUACGAAUACCAAGUCUUCUCAGCGCUACUUACAACUUCAAAACCAAAGCAUAGUUUCCAAUUUUCUUGUGCAUUCCCUCCAAAACCGAAUCAUUUUGCUUCUUUCUCGGAUCACACCACAACAAUGGACGAAACCGCCACCGUCACCGCCGAAACCACAAUUACCACCACCACCACCACUGUCAAGGGCGCCGCCGGAAGAAAAGGAGGCCAGAAGAAGAAAGCCGUUUCCAAGUCCAUCAAAGCAGGCCUCCAAUUCCCCGUCGGUCGCAUUGCCAGGUACAUGAAGAACGGCCGUUACUCUCAGCGGUUAGGCACUGGAGCUCCGAUCUAUCUCGCCGCCGUUCUCGAGUACCUCGCCGCCGAAGUUUUGGAACUAGCUGGAAAUGCUGCGAGGGAUAACAAGAAAAAUAGGAUCAAUCCGAGGCACGUGUUGCUGGCUGUGAGAAACGACGAUGAGUUAGGGAAAUUGUUGCAAGGCGUCACCAUCGCUAGCGGCGGCGUGUUGCCGAAUAUCAACCCCGUUUUGUUGCCGAAGAAGAGUGGUGGUGCUGCCGCAGACAAAUCUGCGGCCACCAAGUCUCCUUCUCGUAAUUAGAAAAAAAUAUUAGGAUUUAGGUUUAGCCGUUUAGGUGCUCCUUUUGUACAAUACAUUAUCGUUUUUAGGGUUUGUUUUUUUGGUGUAGCUUUUUCAGUUACAGGUAACCAGCCUUAAGUCCUUAACUUUGGUUCAAAUCUAUUUUACUCUAUUUUAUAUUUUAAUAUUUUAUUUGUGUAAAGUUAAAAUAUCAUCGGUGGUGGCUGGUUGAAUGACUGAAGUUAACUAAACGCAUGAAUGGCUGGUUAAAAUAUCUUAAGCCCUUAUACCUACCUUUGUACCUGACAGUGACAGAGGAGGCCUUGGCCACCGCCCCAUGUAUUUCCUAAGCAAGGUAUUCUAAAGAGCAGAACUGAGGUACACGAGGUUAGAAAAUUUGACUUUUGUUUUGUUGGUUUUAUUUUAAAGUUAAGGCAAUAUUUUCAGGGCACCCAAUUAAAAUGAGAAUGACCAAGCGAUCAAGCAGAUUUUGUAGAAAUUUGACCUAACGAGGAGGAUGACGGCUUAUAAACCCUGCCAUACCAUCAAAGUUCAGACAAUGGUCAACUUUUUGGUAGAGGAGGCCGGCAAACUUCCUGACCUCGAGCACACGGUAAAAGUUUCGUAUUGACGGAGCGUCCAACCAAGCGUUUCACGGGGUAAGGAUCACAUUAGAAAACUCGAAAGGGGUGACUUAUGAACAAUUCAUCAAAUUUAAAUUCUCAGUCUUCAAUAAUCAAGCAGAAUAUAAAGCUAUAAUUGGAGGCUUAAUACUAGCAAAAGAGGUCGGAGUAACGAAGCUCAAAGUCAACCGUGACUCCCAAAUCGUGACGGCCCAAGUAAACAGGACAUAUCAAGUUCGGACCCACUACUACAAAAGUACUUGAAAAAAUUAAAUAAUUAUGCAAGGGCUUUAAAGAGGUGAUUGCCCAGCAUGUGCCCAGGAAAAGGAAUGAUAGAGUGGACCUCUUAUCGAAGUUGACUAGCACCAAGGCCAGAACGAAAAACCGAUCUCUUAUCCAAGGCUCGGUGAAGAAGCCAUCGAUGACCCUAUGCGUAGCUCAAUGCCAAGGGGAACCUCCAUCCUGGAUCGAUCCAAUCCAGCAGUUUCUCGAGAAAGAUGAGCUUUCAGAAGACAAAGAAUGAGCUAAGAUCGUAAGAAGAGAGGCCGCCAAAUAUACGGCAGUGCAGGGUCAAUUAUAUAAAAGAGGGUUCAGUCAACCCCUGCUGAAGUGCUUGUGACCCGAACAGACGAAAUAUGUCUUAAAAGAGGUACACGAAGAGUGUUAUGGACACCACAUUGGAGGGAAGUCUUUGGCCUGAAAACUCGUUAACGCCGGUUAUUAUUGGUCCACUAUGAUACGCCAGCAAAUAUGUGAAGAGGUGCCUCAAAUGUCAAGAAAAUGCAAACUUUCAUAAGGCGCUGAGAGAAGAAUUGAGCUCCAUCAUGGCCUCCCGACCUUUCUCCAGUGUGGAGUUGACCUGCUGAGCCCAUUCCCGAUGUCCCCAAGACAAGUCAAAUACCUAGUUAUGGCCAUUGACUACUAUAUCAAGUGGGCAAAAGCAGAGCCUUUGGCAAAUAUAUCGUUUAUGAACUGUCGAAAAUUCGCGUGAAGGCAGGUGGUCGCAAGGUUUAGAAUCCCUGAGGUCGUGGUAUUGGAUAAUGGAAUGCACUCCUAUAAGAAAUUUGGAGAGUUUCUAUCAGGCCUUGGCAUAAAGUAAAAGUUCUCCUCUGUAGAGCACCUUUAGAGUAACGGGCAAGCAGAGACAACGAACAAAGUCAUCUUGAAUGGACUGAAGAAGCGUUUGGAUAAAACAAAAGGUUCGUGGGCAGACGAGUUGGCCUUGGUCUUAUGGCCUUAUAGGACAACGCCACAAUCUUUCACCGGAGAGACACCUCUCUGACUCACUUACGGCGUGGACGCCAAGAUUCUGAUCGAGAUAGGAGAACCCAACGCAUGGUUGCUAUUGGGAGGAGGUGAUGAGGUGACCAAAAAAGACAUGGUAGAUGAAACCAGGACAAUGGCGCAUUUGUCGGAAGCAACACUAAAGCAGAGGUUGGCACUACGUUACAGCUGCAAGGUUCAUAACAGAAGAUUCGAAGAGGGAGACCUGGUACUGCAACGGAACGCCAUCGGUCCGCCGAUCCCAGGGGAAGGGAAGAUCUCCCCCAAUUGGGAAGGACCUUAUAGGGUGAAGGAAGUGUAAGGCAAAUAUGCAUACAAGCUCGAGCGACUAAACAGGAAGGAGAUACCGAGGAUUUGGAAUGCGGCAAACCUCAGAAGAUUCUACUCCUAAGACUUAGAUGGUCUCCUGACUACGUUCUAAAUGCCGGUCACGAUUCGGUUAUUUUUCUUUCUCGUGUUCAUUUCAUACUUUGUGUUUAUUUUUAUUUACUUUAUCUUGCAAGCCUACUUGUACUAUCAUGACAUAUGAAAGAAGGGGUACUCUUUUCCCUUACCGUUAGCACGAAACGAUAACAAGAAAUUUUGAU